ACCUCUCCAUUGCACCUGGUAGACCUCCAGAUGAACUGCUGCUGGCUGCAAACACCAAAACAUAUUCUCAGUCUUAUGCUCUCUUUUACACCAUCAAAUUGUUAAAUGGAGUCAUUAUCGAAAGGAGAUGAGCCAUUUCCGACACCUCCUCCGUACUUCAUACCGGGUGAAAGUCUAUCCGAUCAAGAUGUGCGGGUGUACCAUAUUCACUCACCUUUUACGCCUCCACCACUUCCCUCCUUCUCACUUUCUCCUGGAGUCGGCUGCUCCACUCAAACUCAGUCUCCUCUAACAGCGCCUGCUCUGCCUCCGCCCACUCCCAAGCCAAAGUUUGUGAGCUACGAAACGCAGCUGUAUCGCUGCCCAGCUCUGACAACAUGCCCGUCCUGUCAGACUCAGGUCACCACGCAGGUCUCCUUCCAAGUCGGGAGGCACGCGUGGCUCAUGUGUCUUGUGUUUGUGUUGUGCGGGUUGCUGCUCGGAUGCUGCCUGAUUCCUUUUUUUGUGAACCAUUUCAAGGACGCCUAUCACACUUGUCCUCGCUGCCACCGAGUCCUCCAUGUACACAGGAGAACGUGCUGCGAAUGAACACACACUUUGACUCUUAACAGGUUCAUGUAAUGAACAUUAUGUUCUAUUACAUUACAAUAUGUAUGCCUGGUUUAGUCAGUCCGGAUAACCCAUAAUAUAUAGAUUUAUGUUUAAUAUGUAAGAAGAAAUGUAAAAUUUUUAACUAUUUUAAUCAUGUUUUGUACAAAAUAAUGUUGAAUAAAUGUUUUCCGUGGCA